AUGUCGUCAGUGGGGUCAGAUAUUAACGAUACGGUUUCCAAAGUGAAAGGAUCAGUGGAUGAUCAAUCAGUUACCGAUCAGGAAUCAGGGUUGAGAUAUGCUGCAUAUGCCAAUAGGCUUAGAACCAUCUUGUUGGCUUCCCACCGAUAUGUCGCUUACACCUCAGAUAUCGGAGAAUCAUUUAGACCAGUGGCACAUCCAUAUUUGGUCAAGUCUGGGUACGCAAUUUCCUGGCUUUAUAUCAUUGGCGAUGUUUCGUAUGCGUCUUGGAUAACAAAAAUGAAGAGUGAGGGAAGAUACACCCCAGGUUUGAAGCCUUGGGAUAAAGAACCAAAGCCAGAUGCCAUUGCUGCAGAAACAUUUAAACAGACACACAGCUUGGUUGAUUCUGAUUGGCGGUUGAGCGCGUUGAAACGAGGCAUUUUCCAAAGUGUCGCCUCUAUGGGAUUGCCCGCUUUUACUAUCCACAGUGCUGUUCGUUAUUCAUCAUAUUUGUUCAAGAGCACCGGAAACAAGGCAUUGAAAACUUAUGGACCCGUUGCAGUUGGAUUAGGAAUUGUCCCAUUGCUACCAUACGUUUUUGAUGAACCUGUUGAGCAUGUCGUAGACUGGGUAUUUGACAAAGGAGAGAAACUUUACGUGAGGGAGAAAUUGGCUUAG